UUGCCAGGCUGAGAGCUGACAAAUGCUGUUCUUGAAAUGUUGCGCAGUUUACGCGUGUUCGGGAAAGUGCAGGGAUAUUUGAUCCUGUUUACUGACACAAAUCUAGUUCGGGGUUUUAGGGUACAAGAGUUAGAUUGGCUCUUGACCAAGAUGCUGGGUGGGACUCACUGUUGAAUUGGACGUUUGUAAAAGCCCCACACUCCUUCCUGUUUGGUUGCUAUGGAGCAACCGCUGGGGGACUCUAAUUUAGAGCCACAGGACCUCUCCUCCACCCACAGCCUUCCCACUGUGAUGGACCUGACCAGAAAAGGUGAGGAAUGCCUCUUGAAAGCCAACUCCAUGGAGGCCCUACGGGUAGUCAAGCCUCCCAGCUGCUACCCAAACUUCCCUGAGACUGACCACGACCACAGGCUUCAACCAGUAGACCAGAUCCAGCCAGACAAUGCCUUCUCCAACACGACAGUCACUCUCUCAUAUGUGAGCCGGUCUCAUGUCUUCUCCCAGCAUCCCUCUCUCUCCCAGCAUCCCUCUCUCUCCCAGCAUCCCUCUCUCUCCCAGCAUCCCUCUCUCUCCCAGCAUCCCUCUCUCUCCCAGCAUCCCUCUCUCUCCCAGCAUCCCUCUCUCUCCCAGCAUCCCUCUCUCUCCCAGCAUCCCUCUCUCUCCCAGCAUCCCUCUCUCUCCCAGCAUCCCUCUCUCUCCCAGCAUCCCUCUCUCUACGGGGUCCCGUCGAUCAGCAGGUUCUCAACAAUGGAUGUCUACCUGCAGCAGGUGGAUAGGCCUCUGGGCUUAGCACCUCGGUCGGAAAUGUUUGACUCUAUCCCUCCAGCCCAGGUGGUGGGUGAGAAUGUCGCAGGGGUGUGUCUGAUGCAGCAGUCUCAUGAAAUCAAUGGCCAUCGAGUUGCCAGUAACGGAGGAGUGGAGAAAUACAAGCCUCAACAGAGAGGGAGUUCAAUGAAACGCACUCUUUCUCAGGACACAGUCAACAAAGGAUUGCAGAAUGGCCAGGGUAGUAGCAGCUGGUCCAACUCUGCCAUCUGUAUCGAUUCCUCCCCAGAGUCUCUCACUACAGACCUGGAGGAUGGUCAGAGGGCUUCAGAGGUUCUCUUUCUCAUCUCUAGAACAGAGCCAGUCCUGAUGCAUGACAGCAUGAGUCCCAGGGACCUGUGUUCUCUGAAUAGGGACUAUAUCAGUCCUCUGGAGGACCCGGUCUCUCCCUCUGUCUCACUGGACGACGUAGAGGAUGGGCUCAUUCUGCCUCAGCCCUCCUGCUCACCCUGUGCAUACAAUUAUUCACCAGAUGACACGGCUGAUACCUGCUGGGAUGAGCUGGGGAGAGGAGGACCUGGGCUGUCUGCAGUACAGGGAACAAGGUCUAAUGGUGAGAAUACACCAAGGUUAGAUUACAGCAAGGACUUCCAGCAGCCAGGACAUAAACCCAAGGCAGCUUCGGAGCCUAUUGUUGAUUUGACAGAAGACGAGAGCACUGUGCCAGAGGUUUCAGAAAAGAAACCCAAGCAGACAGCUGCUACUCACUUGAAUGGUAAUGUCAAGGUAGAGCAGAGGACUUCUGAGAGGAAACAACUCCCCCCUCGCUCUGGCAGGGGAACCAGGCUAGAGGCCAUAGUGAUGAAUAUAAAUCCUAACUGGUAUAAAGUAUCUACUAAAAAGCCCAAGUCUCAGACAAAUCCCCUCACCCAGAGCAGUCCAUCUAAAGCCAGUGUUAGUCCUAACGAACAGACCUCGUUUGUAGUGAAGAAGAAGGUCCAGAAUAAAGCAGAGUCUCGCUGUGAGGGAGAGACUAAAGUACAGGCGGCAGCCUCACUGACCGGUCAUAUGGAUAACAUUUACACAAACGCAGGCCGUUGCAUAGAGUCUACCUCAGAUUCGGAACAUGCCCGUUUUUCGAAAUACCCACACAACCACCGCACAUCUCCGAUAACCUCCAGUCUGCCCUUUGCUCCAGACAAAGAUUUAGAGGAGUCGGUACACAGAGAGUCAGGUCCCGAGCCCCCUCUGAGGUGGAUUUACUGACUGUAUCGUCGUCACUUAAAACAUCUCCAAAGAAACCCGGGAAGCAUAAAGCUGAAACUACAAGCAGCGAAGCAGCUGCUCCCACAGCCAAAACAAGGAAGGCGACCCCUGCUCCCAAGAAGAAAAGGAAGAAACCCAGACUGGAUCAGUCCUCAAUAUUCUCCCCUCGGGAGCCUGAGAUCAAACUGAAAUACAUCAACUACAAGGAGGAGAAGAGGGACAUGAGGGUGGACACGUUCUCUCCUUUCAUCCACAUAGAGCAUAAGCCCUCCUCCACCUCCCCCGCCAACUGUACUGUCAUCAACUACCCAGAGGAGGAGAAGCCCAGGCAGAAUGGCCAGGGGCAACAGCAGGCUGGAAGUUCAGGAUCCAGGGGUUUCAUCCCAGGGGCUGUACCCUCCACUUCCUGCCUCCAGCUGGGCCGUACCUCCACCCACAGCCAGCACCACAGCUCCCUGGUUUGCUGCCUGUGUGGAGGCUCGGCUAACGCCAUGGACCUUGGGGACCUCCACGGGCCAUACUACCCUGAGGGAUACAGACCCAGCACUGAAGCCCCAGCUAGCAAACCAGGCCUCAAAGAAGAGGAGGAUCUCAGUGACUCUGACUCAUCCUGCAGCGUGAGAGGCCGUGGUAGAAAGUGUGCUCGGCCCCCGGGGGUCCCCUGGCCCCACAAACCUGACCCCCGACUGAAACGGGAGGGCCUGCCGGGGAGGUGGACGAGUGACAGCGACCGCUCAGGCAGCCCUGGAGCUAAGAGGGGCAGGAUUGAGGCUGGGCCUUCGGUAACAUCUGGGUCCAGGGCUGCAGUGGAUGACUGGUUCGUUCCCCCGGUGGUGCCUCUGGACCAGUGUGAGUACUGGCUCCACGAGGACUGCAGCGUCUGGUCUGCAGGCGUGUUCCUGGUGAAGGGAAGGGUCUACGGCCUGGAAGAGGCAGUCAAGGUGGCUCAGGAGACGGUAAGUACGUGUUCUCGCUGCCAUAACCCAGGUGCCACGUUGGGCUGCUUCAUCAAAGGAUGUCCCAACAAGUAUCACUACAGGUGUUCUCUACAGUCAGACUGUGUCCUCAAUGAAGAGAACUUCUCCAUGAAAUGCACCAAGCACAAGAACAAGUUGUUCCAAGGCCUUCCUGGGAGCAGAAGAGACAACCGGUGACACAACCAGAAGACAGACUUGAUUACACAUGGCUAGUUGUUCUCUUUCGCAUUUAUCUAUGACAACACCAACUCUUUUCUGGUUGUUGUCCACUUUAUUUCAGCAUUACUGACCUGCGUGUGAGUCACACAACUGUCAGUGUUUUUACAUAUUCUAACAGUCUUCUUUGAUCACAAUGAUGGUAAUAGGAUAUUUCUGUUUUAUAUCCAAAUUGCUAAAUGUUGUGUCUUUGUUUGAAAACAAUAUGUAUAUAUAUUUAUUCCGUUCCAGGCGUCGUUCAUCUGUGGAGUUACGAGGGGAACCCGGUAACUGUGGCAACGCUGCAACUGUCCUCUGGAUUGACAGCUGGGCUGGUGGGCGGAAUGCAAACACCCACAAACCUUAAACUGGCUUUCUGCACCUCUGCUACCUUUCCUGUUAUCUUCACCACAUAAAGCACUGCGAAGACUAAGCAGGAGACCAAGGCUGUCCUAAUGUUCUGCCAUCUCUCCUGGUUCUAGACUGACUGCCAACGGUGGGUAGAACAGAAGAGUUGGGAGCAGGGCCCAAUGCCACCAUUUGAUUGAGCUUAUGGCUAAACGUGUGCUGUCGCUUUAAUUAUUUAUUAGGAAAAAGGAUUCUCUCCCUUUUUUCUUUUAAAUUGAAAUGUUGAUAAAAAUAAUUGGAGAUAUUUAAUUUUAUAAAGCUUUUUAAAGUAUGUAAUUUAUAUUUGGCUUAUUUAUUUUUGGGGUAUCUUGUGGCUUUAGUUUUUUACUUUGCAAUUGACCCCGGAGGUGUGUUUGUAUGCAUCGAAGUUAUGAGUAAGAACCUCAACGCUAAAGACUGCACUUGGUAGAGGAUCUGGUGUUUGUAUAGCGGUGGUGUGGAGACUGGUGCAGAAUGGUCUAGUAUUCAGAUCGACCACAAGUUUAUCGACAGAACCAUAUCUGAUUACAAUACAGGUACCUGAGAUCUAUUCAUAAAGACCAUACUUUACUACAUGGGAUGAAAAAUAAUGGCAUAUUCAUCUGAUUUUAGUUCUGAGGGUGUGAUGAGCCAUUUCAACGGAUUUUACUUGCUCUUUUUUCUUCUCUCAUUUGAUGGUGAUAUAAAUA